AUGCCAGGUAAAAAGGAUCUUGUCGUUGAUAAUUCUUUGUCGAUAUCGAAUGCGAAUCAUCAGAAAGAUAUAAAUUAUAACAUCGAAUUAAAUCGUUGGCUCUUGAAGGCAACUGGUACCUGGCCCAGAAACAAGAAUACGAGCUUGCUUGAUAUACUUCUUUCUCGAUUUUUAAACGUGCUACAUACAUCUUUAAUAAGUUUCCUUUUAAUCGGUACAGUUCUUUACAUACUCCUGGACGUACAGGAUAUUCAGGCGAAGCUAAAUAAAAUUGGUCCGAUCACGUUCACCACUGCAACCUUGAUAAAAUAUUGGUUAUUGAUAUUUCAUGAAAGUGAAAUUAAACAUUGCUUAGACCACAUAGAGAUCGAUUGGAAAGGGGUUAGGCGUCAGGAAGAUCGACGGAUUAUGCUUGAAAACGCUCAUAUUGGUCGACGUAUCGUUGGAAUUUCCGCCUCUUUUGGAUUUGGCGCUUUAUUUCUAUAUCGUGUAAUAGUCCCCUUAAAUUCACCGAAAAUGGUAAUAGGUAACUUGACGUUCAGACCGUUAGCCUACCCCGUUUCAAAAGUUAUCAUCGAUACUCGUCAAUCUCCGGCCAACGAGUUAAUUCUUUUAAUACAAUGCAUUUGUGGUUUCAUCAUGAGUGCUAUCACAGUGGGUUCCUGCAGUCUGGUAGCCAUUUGCUCUCUUCAUGCCUGUGGACAACUGAAAAUCUUAAUGCAUUGGCUGAAUCAUCUCGUAAACGGGCAUAGCGAUGAAAAUGAUACUAUAGAUGAUCGAUUAAGAGAAAUCGUUAAAAAACACGUGCGAGUAUUGAAUUUCAUCACAUAUACGGAAAAUUCUAUGAAUGAAAUUUCUCUCGUAGAGAUCUUCGCGUGUACUUUAAAUAUGUGUAUGGUUGGAUAUUACAUGAUUAGGGGUUGGAAUCACAUCAGCACGAUUAAUAUGUUUGCCUAUGUCACACUCCUCACAUCAUUUGUGUUUAAUAUAUUUAUCAUUUGUUAUAUUGGUGAACUACUUGAGCAUGAGUGCAAGAAAAUAGCAGAAUCGACUUACAUGAUCAAUUGGUAUCAACUUAAAGGAAAGAAAGCUCUCAGUCUCAUUCUAAUAAUUUCGAUGUCGUUAUCAUCGACCAGACUUACUGCUGGAAAGUUCAUCGAGUUAUCUCUAAAAAGUUUCAGCGAUGUUAUCAAAACUUCGGUCGGUUACUUGAAUAUGCUUCGUGCCAUUACAUCGUAA